AUGGCAGACACUUUGAAGCGAAGCCUACCUUACCUGAGGGAGGUGCAUCGUAGCAGCCCUAGCGAUGCAGUUGCGCCUGCAGACCGCAUUCUUACCCACACCCAUUCGCCCAGCAGCAGUGGAAGUCGCGUCCGCGGCAUGUCUGUGCCCUCUGCAUUGCACUUGCCUACCAUCGCGGAUUACUCUGCGCACUUGCCCUUGCGACCAAGUCCUACGGUUGGUACCUUGCCGUUACCCGGCGUCAAGGCCACCCACCGCUUCGCUGGGCACGACCAGGACGAGGCAAUUGUCCAGACAUUGCGAUGCAUCACCGUCGUCCUAAGUACCGCGCAUGUACUGAUAUCCUCGCAUCGCUUGCAUCCCACCCGUAAGCCGAGUACCUGA